AUGCCUUUGGAAUCCUAUGAAGAUUAUAUCCCUACGGAGAACGACCUCUACAACAAAUGGCUCGAAGUCGGGGCUCAAUUUAUUAACAUGCUCCCUGGCUGCCACUGUACCUGCGAGCAUCGCCUCAUCAGUAUCUGGCCCCGAGAGUACGUAGCCUACGCAGACACCCCUGAGGAAUUAGACCGUCUCGAAAACCUAGACCUAUUUAUCACCGUUCUGAAGAUCGUCGUAUAUACAAAUCAGUUCGAGAAUACCGCACGUCUCAAGGAAAGCAUCAGAGCCGCUGCUCAGACAUUGGGCAACUGGAGGAAAUACAUCCAUUGCGAACUGUAUUCGCAGGACGGCACCCUGAUGGAUAAGGCCGUCUGGAAGCCGACUAUUCAUCUUUCACAUCCAGGCAUGGUGAGCGGAUCAAAUAUCGAGUUUCAGUUCAAGCCAUUCGAAAGUUAG